AUGCCGGAUCAAUAUAUUCAUAUGGACCUCGAGCACCGCGGUGCGGAACAGCCAGUGAGAAAAUCACGUGUGAUUCGUCUUUGGAAGAUCCCCCUUCCUCUGCGCAAGGGUCAACUUUCGUCUGACCUGUUGAAGAAUAUAGCUUGGCUUAUGACGUUGUUAUGUGUUACUCAAUUUGCAUAUAUAAUAUAUCUUCAAAAUGGUAUGAUUCGCGUACCGAACGACCCGUACGACAUUAGAUUCAGCAAAGUCAUCGACGAGAAAAGCCCGUCCAUCUGGGACCACGAUCGCCAAUCAUUCAUCCGCAACGCUCUUCCGGUGCCCGUACACUCACAUAACGAUUAUUCGCGCCGUAUUCCUCUCUUCGAGGCACUUGGCUCAGGCUGCAUCAGUAUUGAGGCCGACAUUCAUUUACGUAACUCUGAUCUUCUUGUUGGGCACACAUCAGCCAGCUUACAACAUAGCAAGACAUUGCGCUCGAUGUACCUGGAGCCUUUACAAAGAAUGAUCGAGGUACAGAACGGCAAUGUUGCUGAAGGCACUUGGCGGGGUCUCUUCAACCUCGCUCCUCACCAGACACUCGUCCUCCUUAUUGAUCAUAAGACCUCGGGGCCAGAGACUUUUAGGGAGUUAUAUACUCAACUACAACCACUCCGUGAUCUUGACUACCUCACUUACUGGAAUGGUACAGAGAGGGUGCUUCGACCCCUGACCAUCGUUGUAUCAGGCAGCGCUCCAUUUGAGUCGGUUACUAUGCUUAAUGAAACACACAGAGACAUCUUCUGGGAUGCAAACCUAGAGGAGUUGGUCUCCGCCAGCGACAACUUUGAUGAAGAACCUUUCAAAUAUGUAUACAAUGCCUCGAACUCGUAUUUCGCAUCCACUGAGUUCAAAAAUGCUGUUUUGUACUCCUACCGCGAACCAUUUACUCCACCGCCAAAGACUCCACAGAUGAAGGAUAUGGUGGCAACGCAAAUCGAGCAAGCUAGGGCUAGAGGCUUGAUGGUCAGAUAUUGGAAUACGCCUUCACAACCACCAAACCUUCGAGAGGUCGUGUGGAGGGUCUUGAUCGAAAGGCAAGUCGACAUCCUGAAUAUGGAUGAUUUGGGGGCUGUCAGAGCUAGAGCAAAUGGAUGGGGAAAUAUCAAAACAUGA